AAAAAAGAAAUGCGCCCUUAUCGUGGAAAGUUAGAUAACAAUCAGGCCUAUGUCAAAGUCAGUUGCUUAUUCAACUCGUGAUGUCCGUAAUGUGGUAUCUGAAUGCAGCCUAUGAUGUAUUUUCAUUAUUAUGUAACACUAUGGUGAACGCGGUCGUUUGGCAAGGACUGAAAACCGAUACUCUUGACCUGAAAUAGAAAAAGAACAGAAACAAACAAAACACACGGCAACAUUUACAGUUGAUUGUUACCGUCCUUAUCUGCAGACAAGUUUUCUAUUUUAAUCUGAAGGGUCUUAGUCUUAAGUGAGAGAAUGUCCAGUCCAGAGUUUUCACAUUUCUUGUUGGUUAUUUUGUGUGUGUUCGUGUUGCUGCGCCCGUGUCAUGCUGUGCAGAAAUGUGAAUACAACGCUGCAGCGUGCGGGUGCAUGACCGAAGCAGGGGAGAUCAAUCUCAAACCACUUUCAACGUCUGAACCGUAAGUCGUGCUGAAUUGUUUAAUUUUCUAACGUUCAUUCAUAUGAGCAGUUCUCUUCUUUGUCUCAGUCGUUAACUGCAUCCCAUUCCCCUGCGCCCGACAUUAUUCGCUCUUCUACGCCCUCCGCACAUUUCCAUCAAAAACAUUUUAUAUUCCUAAAUGGUAAGGAAAUGCAAUCCAUUAAUUAAUUCCAAUUUGUUCACUUUUGUUUUAAACUUUUAAAAUUGUUUUAAAAAUAGUAUAUCAAUAAAAUAAUUUCUAACCACAGAUAUUCGGCAGAUUUUCAGUCGAAAAAUGAAAAGUUCUACUGGGACCCUUGUAAGGAUUUCACACUAGGAACAAUUACUGCUGGGGUAAGGAAAAAUUAUUACUGAUGAAACAAUUAGCCAUGCUGGGUUAAAGAAACAUCACAGACUUUCAGGAACUUUGAUCACUUGAUGCAUUAUCAUUAAUUUCUUUUUAAUUUAGCCAUAAAAUAUUACGUUUACUCCAAUCUAAUUAUUAGAUCUAUAUUAAUAUUUAAUCAUUACUAAUCUUAAAUUUAUAUUUUUAUAUUUUGGGUUAAUAAAAUUAAUAUUGAUGAUAACCAAUUGUAUAAUUUUUUUUUUAAAACAAAAUUAAUAUUUGAUUAUUUAUUCUCUGUGUAUCAGAAUAACGAAUGAAUUAUGCAUUAAAUGUAUAGAAAUUAACAACUAGAUCAGUCCUACCUGCAGGCUAUCCAAGUCCAAGUACCCACGUUAUAUUAUGACAUAGGAGUUCACGCCAAUGCUGGCAGUCAAGUUGAUUCCCAGGGUCAACCAAUGUUUACAUUGAUGGCACAAGAUGGUAUGAGGUGAGUUCUACUUAGCUUGGUGGCUCAAGAUUGUAUGAGGUAAGUUCCAUAGGUUUUUUAUCUAUUUACCUUGAUGGAUCAAGAUUGUAUGAGGCAAGUUCAAUAGGUUUUUGAUCUAUUUACCAUGAUGGCUUAAGAUGGUAUGUGGUAAGUUCAAUAGGUGAUUGAGCUAUUUACUAAUCAUUUUAAACAAAAACCGAUUUGAUACCGAAAAUUGUUGAUUUUCACCUAUUUUUUUUUUUAAUGAUUUAAAAAGUAUGGAUUUUUUUUUUUAAAACAACAAGAAAAAAAUAAAUCAAAAUACAUUACGGAUAAUAUAUUAUGUAACCAUUUCAUUAAUGCUAGCAGGUGACGCUGAUUUCACUACUGAAAAGAACACGAUAACCGCGCUAAAUGAGAUUCUUAAAGAUACCACAAGUGCGUUUGGUGCGUCAUUUUGACUUUUGGUUUUACAGAAAUUGAAAUAUGUUGUUAUAAAUCUGCGGUAUAAAAGGGGUUUGGGGGGGGGGGCAUUUAGAAUAUUAUUAAAUAUUAAUAUAGUUCAGGGGCGUGAAAAAAUUGUGCGGUUGGGAACCUGGGGUCGGGCGUGAGUGGUGGGGGGGGGGAAGCCAACCGGAGCCAACAGCCUUCUCCAUCCCCUUUGCCCUACACCGGUGGAUGGAAAUUCGAUAGAAUGUGUUGUCAUCGGCAACGCGUCAAUGUGCCAAGGUUCUAAGCCAACCAAAACCAACAGCCUUCUCCAUCCCCUUUGCCCUACACCUGUGGAUGGUAUUGUUGUAUCAAAUAUCUGGUCAAUCUGACAUGGCUGUGAGGAAAGGUUUACAAUGCAUUGCAGAUGUGGUCGAGUCCUCAGCGGAAAGGUGUGGGAACUCACCCAAGUAACCCCCCCCCUCCCUGAUACAAAAUAUGUAGGAUAUUUAUUUCUGUUUAAAAAGUACGGGAUCGCCGUUCCUGUGCGUUCCUGCAGGACUCGAGCCCUGAAUGUGAAAGACGCCAAAAUCUGGUUUGAAACCGGUUUCUAAAACCAAAAACCGGUUUGCAACAACAAUAACAACAAAAAAAAAAAAAAAAAAAAAAAAAAAAAAAAAAAAAAAAAAAAAAAAAAAAAAAAAAAAAUAAAAAAUAAAAAAAAAAAAAAAAAAAAUUUAAAAAAAAAAAAAAAAAAAAAAAAAAAAAAAAAAAAAAAAAAAAAAAAAAAAAAAAAAAAAAAAGGAUUUAACAUCACUUUUAACUUUUAUAGUCCUAGGAUGGCGCUGAGGUUAGUUCAAUAUGUGUUUUAGUUUAGCUUUCUAGCUGAUAUAAAUGGCAUCCAUUUAUUUUGCACCUUUUCAAGAUUGUCUAUUCAAGUGCAAUAUUAUACACGCAUGUCAUACUGUAAGAAUGACGUUUACAUAGAGAUAACAGAUAUCCUUCGAAUUUCAUUUCAGAAGCAGUUAUAUAACCUGCAUCUGUUCAGGAGAGACAUCUUUUCUUUUUGAUAAGGAAGAACCGCUAACAAAUUAUGUAAGUAAGAAUGUCAGUAGCUUUGGAAAGCUGCCCCCAAAAAGACAUUUUUUCAUCUUAGGCAAUAGCUGGUGAAAUAGAGGGGCGAACUCACGUUGACAACUAGGAAGAUGAACACAUAUAAAAAAAUGAGGAGCUGCACACAUAUUAACAACUAAAAAGAUGCACACUUAUAACAACUAGGAAGAUGCACACUUAUAACAACUAGGAAGAUGCACACUUAUAACAACUAGGAAGAUGCACACUUAUAACAACUAGGAAGAUGCACACUUAUAACAACUAGGAAGAUGCACACUUAUACAACUAGGAAGAUGCACACUUAUAACAACUAAGAAGAUGCACACUUAUAACAACUAGGAAGAUGCACACAUAUUAACAACUAGGAAGAUGCACAACAUAUGAACGUGGAAAAAAAAAGACUUUGGAAAUUGUAAAGAAGAUUUUGGAGUUGGAGAAGUUGCAAGGGAGCCGGCCACCACUACACAGUCUAGAUCUACCAAAGAAUCUGCCAGCAUGUUUUGAUCAUAUUAAUCAUGUCACUCGUCUUAAUUUUGACACCUUAUUUUUCAUUUAAGCUCAUAUUUGUUCAAAAUAAUUUUCUAUGUUAUUAAUUUUUUUUUUAAAUGGGACAAAACUGGCGUAGUUUUAUAAUGGUUGAUUUUUCAAAGUUAGAUUUAGUUUCCAACGAAUUCAUGUCUCUUUAUAAACAUUUGAUCAUGUCGAUGCCACAGCAUUUCACUCUAAAGUCUGGUUGGUGCUGUCCCGGACAUAAAGAUGAUGGUGGUGGAGAUGGUGUUUUAUCUGUUGGCUCAGUAAUGGUCAUCAUGUAAGUCUAUAAGCUUGACUUUGGUUUGAUAUAAUUGCUGUUGAGAAUUUAGGUGAGAAAAAAUAAGUCAAAUUAGAUUUGUUUUAUAAUUUCUUUGUCUGGUGAAUUUUCAAAGUAAAUUUGUUUACCAUUUUUGUCUAGUUGGUCAAACUUUGAGUCUUUUACUGUAUGUAGCAUUACUGUAUGUAGCAUUACUUUAUGUAGAAUUGUAUCCCUUGUUGUCAUUUUAGCAUUCCUAUUACCGAACUAAAAAAAAUUAUGAGGUGCCACUGACUAGGUCAUCAAUAUUUCCAACUGCCAUCUUCUCUUUUGUAAAUCAUCUACAAAUUUUAGUUAUUUUUUUCUAAUUUCAAGAUCUUUCUAAAACACCUAGAUAUGAUUGUUGCUCAUUGUUGAAAGACAUAAAUCAGCUGCACAUAUUUUUAGAUACAGUAUAUAUUUUGUUUAUUUUCCAUUUCAGAUUCUUUGUUCUGUUAAUAGUCUACUUUGCACUAGGAACUGUGUUCCAAGUGACUGUAAGAAAAGCUGGUGGUCAUGAAAAGAUCCCCCACUACAGUCUGUGGUCACAGUUACCAGGAUUAAUUAAGGUCAGUUAAGUCUUUACUGAUUAAUAAUGAUGACUUAGAGCAACCCAUUAUUUCUUACAAAAUUCUUAGUCACUAACCAGGCUUUAGUGAUUAAUUAGGAUCAGAUCAUGUUUCAAUAAAACUACUUGUUCACUUUUGGAAACCUCACCCUGGUAUAUAUCCCUUCAGCUCAUCAUAAAAAUAUUGAUUAACAGUAUUAUAGUAUAAUUGUGUGGACUCUCAUUUCAGGAUGGCUUCAGGUUUACAUUUUCAUGUGGGAAGAAAACAACCUACACGAAUAUAUAAUACGAUUUCGACACCAAAGUCUGGCGCUAAAAAUCUCAUAGACUAUUCCUUAUAUAAAAUGUAUUCAAAUUCUCAGAAGUAUGAAAAUGUAAGGAGGCAUACGUGAAUCACCUGUUUUCAAAUGUCUUCAGGUGUUUCUCAUCCUAUGGAGACCUUUGAAGUCUUCAGCUGUCAAUUAAUUAAUGUAUGUUAAGUUUUAAGAUCAUGAUUAUGUUUGUUAAAUUGUACGUACAGCGUGGUGAGCUAUAUAUAACCACCACUAAUAAUAAUAAUUAAUAAAAGUGCCAUUUAUAAAAGCUACUUCGCAAAUAAGUCGCGUCGUGGAAACCCACUGUAGAAACCCUCUUAAAGGGCGUGCAAUGCUUCCCCGGGGUGGGUGGAUGGGGGAAGAUAGUAGGAUCUAAGUUUACCAUCCCGACUCCUGAGAAAGUCGAUCGUGUAAAACAGCAUCAGACCGACUGGGUGUCUUCGGGUUGGGGCGGCCCCCAGCGGAACCCGAUCGAGCGGACUCGGGUUGGGGCUGUCCUGGCAAAGAGGCAUCUCCAAAGUGCCGCUUCGCGGCCAGAUACUGGGCUUAGAGGGGUUGAUUUAGGGAGGGCAUUUCUCAAUGUGACAUUUCAUUUAUAAAAUGCCAACCCCAGUUUUGACAGAUUAAUUAUACAACUUUUCAGAUGAAAUAAACAAUAAAUAAACAACAAUCUUGAAUCAAGAUAAUAUUCUUAUCUUUAAGAUGUACAUCAUCUCAUUAUGUUGAACAUAUUACUUCAAUAUUUAAUGGUUGUAAUCGCUUUUAUCUGAAUGUUUGCCAGUUCUGAAUGACUAUGCAGGUGCCUUAUGAUGCCUCUAUCAUAGUAAACUGUUGUUAAAAUGGAUUAUCAUUAGUAAACUGUUGAUAGUAUAACUUAUCAUAGUAAAAUGUUAUCAUUAUUAAUUAUCAUAGUUGAAUACUGAAGUGAUCAUGAUAAGAUUUCAUGAAUGUAUAUAAUUUAAUAUCACACAUAAAAUGGGUAAAAAUUUGCACUUUAAAAAGUAAACAUUUAGUGCCUCAACGUGUUGUUUAAAAAAUAACAACAACAUUUAUAUUCAUUAUGUAUAUUCAUUUGAUGUAUUUUAUGAAUGCCAUAAAUGUUAAUGAGGAAAAAUGGAUUAAACUUUUCUUUGACUUUAUGGCAUCUUUUCAUCCUCAAUGUUUCAUUUUGAAAUAGCUGUAUGUAAAACAGACUCUAUUUCCAUUACCAUGUUCAUCUCAUUCAGCCGGAUGAUUUGUUCACUAUGUUUAAAUAAAUUAACUUGAUCAAACCGAUAACAAAAAGAAUUUCUUUUUCAAUAUUUAAUGAGAUCUAAAAAAAAACAAAAAAUAAUGUGUACAUAAGAAG